UAUAUAUAUAUGCGUAUACUGAUUGUUGGAUCUUAUCAAUGGAUGAUGGGUGCAGGAAAUGGAAUAAGGAAAAGGGGGAGAGGAAGGAAAGCAAGAAGGAGAGAUCGAGAAAGAGUGGUCAAUGCAAUGGACAAUUUGACGACAUUGUGGUUUAUUAUGAUUAUUUUUAUCGUUAAUGAGAUCGUAUGUAAGGGUGACAUGAGAGAAAGAGAGAGAGUGAGUGAGUGUGGGUUCAUUGUUUGACGAUCAACUGGAUUGAUUGUUCUUCAGGGAUUAUUUAAAUUUCUCUCUUAUACCAGGGAUUCCCGUUUUGCUUCUCUUUUGGUCACCCCCACCCUUUCCCACAACAGCACACUACUAUUACACGUAAACAGGUUCCCUUUUCCUCUUCUUCCCUUUCCUUUUCUUCCUAUAAAAAUGUCGUUUCCCGAAGACGAUAACAACUGGGACAGCGACAUAGUGUUCAGCCAAGCUCUUCUCGAACAAAAGUUGGCCAACAACAAGCGCAGCAACAUCCAUGCCCGGUAUCCUGACAAGGAUCUGGCCGACGCCUUUGCUCGACUUCAUGGUCCAGACGAAUACGAUGACGAUGACGACGACGACGAGACCGAAUCGACCUUCAUCAGCCAUCACUCGGAUAAGCUGUUCGUCAAAGAACGCUGCGACUCGUUGCUUAUUCCUGGCCUUGACGACUAUAUGCUGGGAAGCCCGUGCAGCGGUGUAGUCACUCGUCUUGGAACCCACAAGCAAGUGUUGGAUGACGGUGAUUGGGAUGAGGAUAUUAAGCUGCCGCUCAAAGGUUUGCCGGACAGCCCACUGGCAAGACCGCCCGCACUGGAGUCACUGUACCUGCAUGACGAACCACCACCGCCAACGCCAUCACCGCUACAACAAAAACAACAACAAAAACAACAACAACAGCAGCAGCAUGUGCAGCAUAAGCAGGAACAACAACCUCCUCAAGAGCCUUUGACUCGCAAAGUUCGUUUCCUCAAUAUGGAUCAGAUCAAUACAUACACACCUAUGCCGCAAGUAGACGUUCACGAUCAUGAAGGGGAAGUAGAAGAGGAUGAUGAAGAGGAAGGCUAUGAUGAUAUCGCGUUUCCCGAUGAUAUGGCUGGACUUGCAAUCAAGCGACCCCCUUCUCCUACCAUCUCGCCACCUCAACAACAACAACAGCAGCAGCACCAGAAGCAGAAGCAGCAGCAGCAGCAGUCGCCCACUCUAGAACGCAACAACGGCCGCGAAGACGACGACGAAGACUUUUGCAAAGAUAUCCAGAUUGACUCUGACGACGUAUUCUCGUCCAAAAAGAAAACAAAGCCUCGAUUGUCAUCUAUUCCUCGUCGCAUACCAGAGUCAAAACUACCUAUGCCUUCACUGGAUCGUCAACAUCCACGUUUCCGUGCUGCAACUCAUGCUUCACGGCAGCGUCAGGCAGCAAGUAAUUCACCGCGUGGCUCGGCGAUGGCGGCCUCUUCUAAGCGUGUCACUCCAGAAAAAUCACAGCAAUACUAUCAACAACAACAACAACAACAACAAUCGCGUGGUAGCAGUCAUAGCUAUAAAAGUAAUGGCAAGACAAACUCGGUCAACGGCACCACGCUACUAUUCAAGCCCCACACACAUGUCACGUAUGGAAAUGGAUCAGAGCUAGAUAGUCUGGAUAUUUUGCCAGAUUGGCGUCGUCGUAGCUUAUCGUGCUGGAAGCAUUUAACAGAAAAGCGACUUGGUGGCAUAGACCCACAGCGACCGUGGCGACACAACAUGACUCGUCGUAAGCCAACAUUGAUCGGACCGGGUGACCGUGCUUUGAAUAAGGAGUGCAACGAAAUGAAAUACGAUGCCGAAAAGUGUCGAUGGCAAGGAAACGAUAAGAACGUCUUUUCUUUUGCAAGUGGCAGCGGCAGUGGCAGCCACGAAAACAACAGCUGGCGGUCUUCCUCAUCCUCGUCCUUAUCCUCUAAGCAGCAACGGCGCCGACCUGCAUUAAUUACAAAGAUGAACAAAAAGUCGCAUGCAAGCAGAAACGCCGAGGGUAUUGUUGGUUCGAUGGUGUUUGAUCCUGUCGAGAUGCGAUGGGAAAAGUCGCCCAACGUGGAGAACGACGACGACUUUGACGACCAAGACAACGCGCUGGCAGAUAUUGAAGACCUAGGCGAAUUCCAUGGACCGACGCUCUAUCGUGAUGCCCAGCAGCAGCAUCAAGCCCAUCGUCAAGCUCCGUCGUUGCGUGUUCGUUUACCAAACACAACGCGUGAAUUUGAACUUUCGCGGCCAAUGAAGCAGCUGAUCCAGGAGCAAGAAGAAGAGCACUAUGAACGGAUGAAGUUUUGGGAUCUGCGCAAAGAGGACGAGGAUGUCUUUGUUCCAAUCGAUACACCUGUACGUGCAUUCACGUAUUUGCUUUACCAAACUCCCCAGCAUUGA